AUGAGCUUGUCAUUAAUCCAAGGUUAUUCUUCUGCGGAAGAGGAAGAAGAAGAAGCAGCAGCAACCGAAGAAGAUGAAGAUUACCAAAAUUUGUCAGGAGAAGAAGGAGAAGAAGGGCAUUCCGGCGGCCGUUGGAAGAUUUCAUACAAAGCACCCUCCAAUGGAUCAUCAUCCUCUUCUUCCCUUCUUCCCUCUGCUCUGGAUGCUUUCUCUCAAGUAGGGCCGCCCCAGUUUCUUAGUAACUCCGUGGAAGAGUACGGUGUAGGAGCUGAACAUAAUCAGCAACAGCAAGGGAAGCACCGAAAGACAUGGAGAAACAAUAACAAUAACAAUAGCAAUAGAGCUGUGGUGGAGGCCAAACCUCUACUUGUUGGAAUCCAGGAGCGAGUGAGGAGUGAUAUUGGCACCCGUGAACCUCCAUCUUCAGUUCCAAGCACUAUGCAGGAGGGAGGAAAGCGUGCGCCAACUGCUACCAAUCCUGGCGCAGAAGAUGCUGCAGAUUUACUGAGCUUGUUCUCUCUGUCGCACCACCUCGAGCUGAGGAUAUAUGUCGAUGGUUUAGAUAUGUGUGAUAAACGGGGAUUUCUGUUGGUGGCAAUCAACUGUUAUCUCGAAAGUGGUGGUUUGGAGUUCUGGUUGAAGACCGUAGGACUAGAGGAUCUGGGACUGUUGUUUGGCCUGGGAGGAAUGGAUUUUGAGCUUUGGAUGUGCUUGCAAUGUGGAAUACCCAAGACAUUCUCUAAUGCACGUGGAAUGGUCUGUCCUGUUUGUGGUGAUCGCCCACCCACUGACGCUAGCAACGAAUCCAAGAAGAAGGGGUCUAUUAUCAAAGACAAGGAAAAAAAUAAGAGGAUGAAGGGUCAGUCAUCUCAUGCUACUUGGAAAAGUGAGACAGAGAUGCAACUUAGGCAGCAGUUUGAUUAG